UCCCGGUCAAGUGUGUGUUGGUGAAAACAUUCGUCUCUUUCUGGGCUGGAGAAUAAAGAAUAUGUAUUUUUUCUCCACAUAAAUCUCGCCAGACAAAUCUCCGAUUCAGUGCAUAACUGAGAGUCUUUCACGCUGCACGAAAUGGUGUGGAAGAUCUUGACAGGCCUGCACAGAACCCUGACCUCAACCCCAUCAAACACCUUUGGAAUUAAUUGGAAUGCUCUUGUGGCUGAUUGGAAGCAAGUACCUGCAGCAAUGUUCCAAUAUCUAGUGGCAAGCCUUCCCAGAAGAGUGGUAGCUGUUGUGACAGCAAAGGGGUGACCAACUCCAUGAUUUUGGAAUGAGGUGUUCAAGCAGCUAUGGACCAGGACUAUGAGUGUCGGCUGCUCAGGCAGAUCAACAUUCAGAAUGAGAAUGCCAGCCCUAUUAAGGCCAUAGAUGCAGUACGAGCGCUGACACCCACCAACUCCCCUCUGUCGUCACCAAGCAAACAUGGCGACCGCUUCAUUCCCUCCCGCGCCGGCGCCAACUGGAGCGUCAACUUCCACCGCAUCAACGAGAAUGAGAAGUCCCACAAUCAGAACAGGAAGACAAAGGAUGGCACAACAGACACUAGCAAAGCAGACGGCCUGGCGUACUCUGCCCUGCUAAAGAACGAGCUGCUGGGGGCAGGCAUAGAGAAGGUCCAGGACCCCCAGUCAGAGGAUCGCCGCCUCCAGCCCUCAACCCCUGCCAAGAGGAGCCUCUUUAGUUAUUCUGUCUGUGCCAAACGGUCUCUCCCUGAGGAUGGCAAAACUGUCUCUCCAUACUCCCUGUCUCCUGUUAGCAGCAACAGUCAGAAGCUGUUACGGUCGCCUAGGAAACCCACACGUAAGAUCUCUAAGAUCCCCUUCAAGGUGCUGGAUGCUCCGGAGCUGCAGGAUGACUUCUACCUCAACCUGGUGGACUGGUCCUCCCUCAACGUCCUCAGUGUCGGCCUGGGAACCUGUGUCUACCUGUGGAGUGCCUGCACCAGCCAGGUGACUCGUCUGUGUGACCUGUCAGUGGAGGGGGACUCUGUCACGUCAGUGGGCUGGUCAGAGAGGGGGAACCUGGUAGCAGUGGGGACUCAUAAGGGCUAUGUACAGAUCUGGGAUGCGGCAGCAGGGAAGAAGCUGUCUGUACUGGAGGGACACACAGCCAGAGUGGGUGCGUUGGCGUGGAAUGCCGACCAGUUAUCGUCGGGCAGUCGUGAUAGGGUGAUCCUGCAGAGGGACAUCCGAGCCCCACCCCUCCAGUCAGAACGCCGUCUCCAGGGACACAGACAGGAAGUCUGCGGCCUCAAGUGGAGCACAGACCAUCAGCUGCUUGCCUCGGGGGGAAACGACAACAAGCUACUGGUAUGGAACCACUCCAGUCUUCUCCCGGUGCAGCAGUACACAGAGCACCUGGCUGCGGUGAAGGCCAUUGCUUGGUCCCCCCAUCAGCACGGCCUGCUGGCAUCUGGAGGGGGCACAGCCGACCGCUGUAUCCGCUUCUGGAACACCUUGACGGGCCAGCCCCUGCAGUGCACCGACACCGGAUCCCAGGUGUGCAACCUGGCCUGGUCCAAACACACCAAUGAACUGGUGAGCACACACGGUUACUCCCAGAACCAGAUCUUGGUGUGGAAGUACCCCUCUCUCACACAGGUGGCGAAACUCACAGGCCACUCCUACAGAGUGCUCUACCUGGCCAUGUCCCCUGACGGAGAGGCCAUCGUGACAGGCGCCGGAGACGAGACCCUGCGCUUCUGGAACGUCUUCAGCAAGAUGAGGUCCACCAAGGAGUCCGUAUCUGUUCUGAACCUGUUUACCAGGAUCCGGUAGCCAGAGGGAAGCUUGUGUCCAACAAGGGAACAAGGGGGUGAACCAGCACACUGGAUUUCAUUCUAAAAAAAACAACUCCCCUUUCUCUACCCCUUAUGUCCUCCCCGGCCUCUGGUAGCCUAUGGUCCUUUCAAAUACCCAAGGCCAGGUCGUCAAGCCGAUAGAUGGGAGUCAAUAUUCCAGUGGAAUAAAUCCUAUCCUCACAACACCCAUCACAACCAGUGUGACAUUACAAGGCCACACCCCCAUAUAGUACAAUUGGUGAUUUUCCCUGGAAGAGGAGGAUUCUGGGAUGUUAGCUUCCCCAAGUGAUUCUGUUUUGUUUACAGACAGACUGUGCAUACCUGCCAAAUAUGAAGUUUGUCCUUUUUUAAAAUGUUUUAUUUAUUGUUUAUCACGUAACGUCGCCAGUGUGCAACAGCAGACUUUGUUUUGUUUCCUGUGUGAGUGAAUGUUGCGUGUCGGACUCUUCAGCCUGAAGAGCCUGAAAGUUUUGUUUGUGCCUGCCUUAUAAAGGGAUAGUUUACAUCUUAAAAUGAAAGUAUGUCAAAUAUUUUUUUGCCUCACGAGGUAUGAAAAUGUGUGACAUGCUUUGACUUCAGGGUGAGCUGUCCUGUACCUUUUUUUUAUACAUGUUGUAGACCAUUCUAAUUUAUUCACACGGUAAAAAAAAAGAAUUUUUAAGUUAAUUGUGUGACGCGUGUCAAUAAUGGUGGAAAUCUUACAUUUUUUAAUUAGAAAACAAAUCUGCAGUUGUCGUUUUGAAAUUUGAGCAGUGGCCAAAUACUAAACUACAUAGAAUCACUUACAGUUUUUCUCUGUAAAUUGUGUUGUUUUGCCAGUUAAUUGUCUUUUUUAAUUUUUAACCAAAGUAUCAGUACUCAGUAAUCACUUGCAUGGAUAUAUGUAGGUUAACCUACAUUUACAGAGACAAAUUACAAUUUUUGGUGUCUUUAGUUCUAAGAAAAUGUCAUUGCACUCAGUCUGAUAGCGAGCAAGUAGUAUUUGGGAACAUAGGUUAAAAAAACUCGGCAUACACAUUGGAAUUUAUACUUACACAGGAUUAAACCUGAAAAAUAUUUAAAUUGUAAUUUUUUUCCUGGGUGUAGCAGUAACUGAAAUGCGCUUUAAAGAAAAGGGAAAAACAUUCAUGGUCUCUUAAAGGCCUUGAUGGUUACAUUGUGCUAUGUGUGUCUGUCUGCGGUAUAAAGACAUUUAAUCGAGGGUAUUUUUUUUUCUCAGCAUUUCUUUGUUUGAUUCUUGUGGUGGUACCUUUUUUCAUUUUCUCAGUUUGAAUGUGGGUUUUGAGUGACCUUGUGUGCCGUCUUUGAAUGAGUGCUAUUUAUUUUGAGCUGUGUAAAAGUGUCCAGUACACACAGCAUGUGUAUAUUAUUCUGAGAGAUGAUUAUUAUCUGAUAGUUGAAAGAUUGAAUGCUGACCUGUACAGUGUAUAUACUAGCGCCAGUCCUAGCUAAGCGUUUGUACUUUAUUAUUUUAUGACACAGAAACAAAACAAAGAAUGCUGCCAAAUUGAAAUGCAUAAAGAAUGUUAUGAAGGUCAAAAAAUAUUUCUGUACUGAGAAAAAAAUUAAGUGAUCACAUCACUAUUUUCGAGUGUAUGCUAUUAUCUGUUUGCAAUAUAAAGUGUGUGUGUACGAGAGGGAA